AUGGAUGCCGUUUCGCCGCAACAACACGCCGGUCCUGAGAAGAUGGCCGACCCGGGCUGCUCGAGAGUGGACGGAGACGCGCCCCUUGCUCGCGACCACGACGCAAAUGCCCACCCUCACCACCGCGUGUACAAGCGGCGCUGGUUCGGCCUGCUGCAACUGGUGCUGCUGAACAUCAUCAUCAGCUGGGACUGGUUGACUUUUGCUGCCGUCUCCUCCGACUCUGCCGAGUACUUCGAUGUCUCCGAAUCUGCAGUCAACUGGCUGAGCACCGCCUUUCUCUUUUCCUUUGUCGUCAUCAGUCCCGUCGUCCUGAUGACCCUCCACCGCGGACCCAAACCCGCCCUCGUCAUCGCCAGCAUCCUCACCCUCAUCGGGAACUGGGUGCGCUACGCCGGCACGCGGGCCGGUCCACACGGCAACUUCGGCGUCGUCGUGUUCGGCCAGAUCCUGAUCGGGCUGGCCCAGCCCUUCGUGCUCGCCGCGCCCACCCGCUACAGCGACCUCUGGUUCACCGAGCGCGGCCGCAUCUCCGCCACGGCACUGGCCUCGCUGGCCAACCCGUUCGGCGGCGCCCUGGGCCAGCUCAUCGACCCCUUCUGGGCGACCAAGCCGAGCGAGGUGCCCAACAUGGUCCUGUACACGGCCAUCAUCUCCACCAUCGCCUCCCUCCCCUCCUUCUUCGUCCCCGCCUCCCCCCCGACGCCCCCCUCCGCCGCCAGCACCGCCGCCCCCAAACCGGCCGCCAUCCUCCCCUCGCUCGCCCACCUCUCCACCAACCCGACCUUCUACCUCCUCCUCCUCCCCUUCGCCGUCUACGUCGGCUUCUUCAACGCCUUCUCCUCCCUCCUCAACCAGAUCCUCCACCCCUACGCCUUCACCGAAACCGACGCCGGCAUCUGCGGCGCGCUCCUCAUCUUCGUCGGCCUCGCCGCCGCCGCGCUGCUCUCGCCCGUCCUCGACCGCCGCCACCCGAAACCCUACCUCGCCACCAUCAAGCUCCUCUGCCCCGUCGUGGCCGCGUGCUACCUCGCCUUCGUCUUCGCGCCGCCCGCCCGCGCCGUCGCCGCGCCCUACGCCGUCGCCGCCCUGCUCGGCGCCGCCAGCUUCGCCCUCGUCCCCGUGGCGCUCGAGUGCCUCGUCGAGGCCACCUGGCCCGCCGCCAGCCCAGAGGCCGGCUCCGUCCUGUGCUGGACCGCGGGCCAGCUGCUCGGCGGCGUCUUCGUCGUCGUCAUGGACGCGCUCAAGGAGCCCGGCUGCGACGGCGGCGAUGGCGAUGGCGGCACAGGCACCGCGCGGUGCGGGGAUGCGGGGGGGUGGAAGCCGCCGGGGAGCAUGUGGCGCGCGCUGGUGUUUCAGGCGGUCGUGGCGGUGGCGGUGCUGCCCGCGCCGUUGCUGUUGGGCGUGAGGAGGUUGGGAUUGGGGGCGGGGCACAGGAAGGGGAGGAUGGAGGCGGAGGAUGCCGAGGAGAGGGGCGCGGUGGUUGUUGGGGAGGAGGAGGAGAACGGGGAAGGGCGCCAGGGUGGGGGGUCGUGA